UUGACAAAAUUCUUAAAAUUACUUCAAAACAGGCUAAAGCCGCAACCUAACUUCUGCUUGGAGAGUAGUUAAGAGGAAGAUAUCAGAUAGAUACACAACUGUAGCUGUCCUUCUCUAUUUGUUUAACAUCAACACAACCAUGUACAUUGUACUAGCCCCUGAAGUGAAUGCACUUUUCCUGGCUGUCUAUCUAUAUCAUCAGUUCAAACCAAUAAGAGAGUAGCUGCACAAAGUUCAACUUUCUGCAUUUCUGUGUUUCUGUUUCGUAAUUCUGUGUUUUGACCGAGGCAGGUUGGGCCUAUGGGAUCAGUCUAUACCAUCUGGCAUUGGUAAAAACUCAUGCACUUGACUGUGCCAGUAGUAUAUAUCCAGAGGGUAAAAUUUUCUCCCGCCCCCAAGUUUUGACCCUUCGUUACGUACACCGCUUCGGGUCCCUUGCGAUGCCACCUUCUUGAUAAUAAGAGAUGCGUCUUCCCAAAUCGUCUUUGAUGCACGAAAUUUCCGUAACAAGGCAGCUUUAAGGCUUCAGUGGAAAACUCAUACCAAAACCCUACACCUGCAUUCCAGCUCACUGAAGAGGCACUGGUAAGCUGUUCUAGCGUUAACAAAUAUACUGUAUGAAAGACUUUGACUUCAAAGCAAAGUUAUUGAGGUCGAGGUAUAAGGUUGAAAAAUCAAAUGUUUGCAUUCUCCUUGUGUAAUGGGUCUUUACAAUACUAUGAAUGUACAUUUGAGACAACAUACAUUUUGUAGCCUGGGUACCAUCCUCUGUAGUUACCUCUGGCUGCCUUUUAGCUUGCUCACUGUGUCGAGCAAGCGAAAAGAUUGAGCCAGUGGAAACGGAGGAGGAUGGUGACAAGGAUAACAACAACAAUCUUUGUCGAUGAUGUCAUCUCUUGAAAGGCUCCAAUAAUACUUGUUUAUUGUAUUUUACUAAUCAGGAAUUUUUCCUCAAUUUCUUAUAGGUAAGGCCGGCUGUUACAGACAGGAAAGGAUAUCGGAAUGACAGCAAAGAUGUGGUUGAUCACAGGGCUUUCGCUGCUAGUACUACUGAAGGUGGGACCGGCGUCAACACAGAUGUCCCUCUAUCCUCCGGAGAAGGCAAACUCCUUCUCCCGAGUGUGCCCUCAAGAUUGCUUCUGCACGAACACACCCAAGCGACAGACCUUCUGUUAUAACAUGGAGUACAUGCCCAUGGGCCUCAACCCACACACAACAGGACUCCUCAUUUCUGACAGUUCCUUCACAACGAUUCAAAACAAUGCCUUCAAGGGUGUUCCCUACCUUGUUGAGAUGAACAUCACGGAUAAUCAAAUUACAACCAUUUAUCCCGGUGCCUUCAAUUUCCUAGAAAUGCUUGAGAAGUUGGACCUAUCGAACAACAAACUUACAACAUUUCCCCAAGAAGCUAUAGCCGAGGUUGGCCAACAGCUCAAGUCUUUAAAUGUAGGUGGUAACCCGAUUGCAGAAAGUCUUACAGUUGGGUCCUUUAACAACAUGGAAGCUCUUGAGGAACUCUAUCUGUACAACAUGAAUCUAAGCAUCAUUGAAAAUGGACUUCUUCAAAGACUGAAAUCCUUAAAGGUCCUGGAUCUCUCCAAGAACAACUUCAAAUCUCUUCCAGAGGAAGCAAUUAAAGGACUUGAGAAUCUAACUGAGAUCGUGAUGUUUGGAAACCCUUUCGUCUGCGACAAAGCUGCAUUGUGGCUCAAGGAAUGGUUCGAGAAGGACCCACCAAAGAUUGGACCUGGUCCCACCUGUAUGGAUCCUCCACGUUUGGCUGGAUAUGCUGCAGUUUCCCUUCCAACUGCAGUACUUUUGGAGGAGUACGAGAUGGUGAUAGCAGACUACACCACUCAGCCCGCUACAAUAACUCCUCUACCAGAAUCAUAUACAGUCAGAGGUGUCAUAUGGAGGUGUCCAAGCACCACUGUCCUCACAGCAGAACAGUUUAGAGAGUGCGUUGAAAUUGAGGAGCUUGACAUCAGUGAAAACAACAUUAUUGACAUUGAGCCUGGAGCAUUCAGUACCCUCAGCAAGCUCAGAGUCCUCUACCUAAGAGAUAACAAGCUAACGAAAAUCAGGGAGUCGGUCCUGGAGGGUCUGACGAAUCUUGAGGUUCUGGAUGUAUCUGGCAAUCAGAUCACUUCCCUGCCUACAAAUAUCAAAACGCUAUUGCCAAAGUUAAAGUACAUCGUGGGGUACGAUAAUCCGUGGUCCUGUGAUUGCAACCUGGCUGUCAAUUGGGACCUGUUGGCACACUUCUUCCACGAGAAACCUGCCGUCUGCUCUUCCCCACCAGAGUUGGCGGGUAAGUUGGUGAGGGAGGUUCCUAAAGAGUCGAUGAUCUGCACCCCUCCAGUCAUCCUCUUUCUCAACGAAUACAUAACCGUGAGGGAAGGCGGGGAUGCUUUCCUGAACUGUAGAAUAUCUGGCCUUCCUGUUCCAACUGUCUGGUGGCAAACGCCUGAUGGCGAGGUGGUUACCACUGAGGAACCAGUUGGAAAUAAGGAGGUCCUCGACAACGGGACCCUUUGGGUACACGGUGCCACAGGGAACGACGGUGGGAACUAUGUCCCCAUUGCAGACAAUGGUGGUGGAAGGGCAAGAGGAAAUACCACACUACGCGUCUGUCCUGAACAUUGUCGCUGCCUGGAUAUUUUGUCCGUCCACUGCUUUCACGCUAAUAUUUCUAAGAUUCCAUCGGACACGCGUCUCUUCUUGAUGCUGGGCACUGACCUAAAAGAGGUACGCAAAGACCUAUUCAAAGAUUUGACGAACUUGGAAGAACUUGAUCUCGACAAUAAUCAAAUUACUGACAUCGAAGUUGGAGCAUUCGAGGACCUUUCCAAAUUACGACUGCUGUUCUUGUAUCGUAAUGCAUUAGAAAAGCUUCAGCCAGGCGUAUUCAAGGGCAUGAUCAACCUCCAAAUGAUUUAUUUGUCUUCCAACAACAUCACAACAAUAGAAGAUGGAGCAUUUGAAGGCCUACCGAAACUACUGUUAAUCCAGCUUCAUGAGAAUCAAAUUGAAGAGAUUGGUGAUGGUGCCUUGAAGGGACUUCCAACUCUCAUCGACUUGGACCUCCACUUUAACAAACUCACAACCAUCCCAGGGAAAGCGAUCUCUUUGUUGUCAAACCUAACGCGGGUGCAACUCUUUGAAAACAGGAUCAUAAUGGUCAAGGAACAUGAUUUUAAGGACUUGGAAAGACUGCAGAUAAUUUACUUACAAAACAAUGACAUCCAGGUGAUUGAAAAUGGUGCCUUUGCCAACCUUCCUGUCUUGCAGUGGUUGGAUCUUUCUAAUAACAAACUUGUAGUCAUCCCUGCAGGUGUUUUCAAAGGACUUGAUGCGCUGCAACACCUGGACUUGAGUAACAAUGUCCUUAUAACAUUGCCUGCGUCCCUUAGGACAGAGCUACCAUCCCUCAAGUUCGUAAUCGGAGCCGGAAACCCCUGGCACUGUGACUGUAACAUGAUUCUUCUUCGCGGGUGGUUCGGUUACUCGGAUAUCCCACCACCUAAAAUACCAUUCGAGAUUAUAUGUGACCCCCCCUAUAGGCCUUAUUAUGAGCCUGACCCUAUCCUUGAUGAGGAGUUCCUUCAGCAUGCUGGUCGCCCACCAUUCCGACCUGUAUCGUACUAUGGAGGGGGUGGCUCCCCAUACAAAGAGAACAAUGAGAUCAGUGUUCAAGAUGAUAGUUAUGGCUAUAGUCAACAAUACCAGUAUGGUAGUUAUGACUACAAUAAUCUUUAUCAUAGUGCUGCGUACAGUGUUUAUGGGCAAAAAAGGAAGAGGCGACAAGCACAAAGUAGACUCGCUACCUGUAAGACUCCUAUGGAAUUUGACAAUCAAAACAUCAAUACCCUCCCCAUCUCAAGUAUGGUCUGUGAGGCCAUCCUCUUUGUCAAAAAUAAGGUAGACGUCGUUAUUGGGGAUACUGCUGAACUCCCAUGCGUUAUUACCGAGGAGGUCGGUAUUGGCAAGUUCUGGGUGACACCCCAAGGAGUCAUGGUCAAGUUCGGUGACAGUGAGGGUAAUGUAAGGGUUUCUGAUGAUGGAAGGCUUAUAAUCUACAGGGUGGCAGAAGAGGAUGCAGGUGCAUAUGUAUGCCUGGGAGGCACAGAACCUGUUAUACACUUGCUAUACUAUGUGAGGCAAGGUCCUAUACUACCACCUCCUCCUUCAGUCAUUCCAUAGAUGAAGAGGUAGACAGAUAAAGGCUGAAAAAGUUUCUAGCAUUCCAUUUAAUAGGAGAAGAAAAUGAUUUCUAUAAUACGUGCGCUAAAUGCUAGCGAAGACUUUUUGUCUGCAACCACAGGAACUUUACGAACUCAUAAUGGCAACUCAUUGUAUCUACAGCAAUACAAAAUGAACCUGCACCAAAAAAAAUGUACUUGAUGGAUACAAGCAUAACUAUUUGUUUCCAAUGUACACUGUAGAGGUGGUCAUUUGUAGAGAUUUGACUGUGUUACAUGUUUUGUACAUUUGCCAUGCAAGCUCAUAUCCCAAUGUUCUCUGACUUGACCUUUACGAUGUAUUAUAUUUGAAUGUGCUGGGAUCCAUAUGUCCUUCCAUGUGGACUACAACACAACCUCUUCAACUGAUUUAAUCUGCUCCACCGCAGCACCGCAUGUACA